AUGCCUGCCCAAAAAGUGGAUCCCGCAGAUGCACUGCAACUUGCGGCUAUAACGUUUGACUGGGCAGAGAGCUUGGAUACAAAGGACUGGGCGAGAUUGGGAAGCAUCUUGGCUCCAGAGCUUACUGUCGAUUACACCGAAGUGACCGGUCAAAAGUGGGACGCCAUGCCAGCCCAAGAUUUCGUCGCCAUGGUUUCAGACAAAGGCUUCGUCGGUGACCCUCUUGUCGACUCGCAGCAUUUCAUCGGAGCGUCCAAGUAUGAGACCAUCUCGGAAGACUGCAUCGUGGGAAGUCAUCAACUCCGCGCUGCUCAUCAGCGAUACACCGCUCCCGAUAAAAAGAUUGUUGAGGCCAAAGGUCACUGUCAUGCUUUGAUGCAGCAUACUUAUAUCCGGAUUGGAGGGAAAUGGAAGUUGGGAGGAUUGAAACCGAAGAUGUAUUGGACCGAGUUUGACUUUGACAAGAUUUUUAAAGGUGGCUCGUGA